AUGAAGAUCUCCCGGAUCGCGUCGCCGGCCUGGGCGCUCCUGGUCUCCUCGGCCAUCGCCUCUCCAUGCUCGGCAAAGCCUAUUGAUGUCGAUGUCGCAAUCAUCGGUGGUGGCUCUGCCGGAAUCCACGCCGCAAUUCACCUCAAGGACGCCGGUGCAAAGGUGCUCGUCUUGGAAAAGAAGUCCCAGAUCGGAGGCCACGCCGAGACAUAUGUCAACCCUCAGACUCACAUCCCAACCAACGUUGGCGUUGUCGUCUUCGAGAACAGCGAGAUCGUGAGCAACUACUUCUCCCGCCUCAACGUUUCCACCAUCAAGAACAACCCCCUCAACCCGCAACCGGGCGCCGUGACGAAGAACUACGACUUCUCCCUCGGCAUUCCAAUCCCGGCUCAAAACGCCUCUGCUACUGCGGCCCAGCAGCAGGCCCUUCAGGCGGCGGCGCAGGCAUACUCCAUCAAUGUCCUCGCCAAGUACCCCUGGAUCGACCAGGGAUUCCUCGUUCCCGACCCCGUUCCAGAGGAACUCACGGUGACCUUUGGGGAGCUGGCCCAGAAGUAUAACUUCUCCGCGCUCUUGCCCAUUAUUGCCCAAUUCAACUGGUACACCGGUGAUAUCUCAACAAUCCCUGCUUUGUACGGCAUCAAGGGAUUCGGACCCGGUCUUAUGAACAGCAUAUUUGGUGAGUUCAUCAUAUCUGCGAACGGCGACACGAGAGCUCUAUACGACGCUGCGGCCAAGGACCUCGGAGACAGCAUUCUCCUCGACACUACCGUUGUCAAAGUCGAUCGUGACGUCAAGAUUGACGACAGCAACACUUCUGGUGUCUCCGUACUCAUCCACCAGCCUGGUCAAGACCACAAGCUCGUCCGCGCUCGCAAGCUUCUGAUCGCCAUACCCCCGACCAUUGAGAACGUGGGCACCUACGACCUGUCCGCCGAUGAGAAGAGCCUCUUCUCCAAGUUCUCCGCCAUCGGCUACUGGGCUGGCGUCGCCACUAUCCAAGGCCUGAACAACAGCCUCCAGAACGUCGGCGUCCAGACCCCCUUCAACCAGCCCGUCAUCCCAGGCAGCAACGGCAUCUACACCACCGGUUCCUCCGGCGACUUUUUGGUCGGCGUCGGUUUCAACAACGCGGACUACACCGACGAGGACGGAAAGGCCAUCAUCCGGAAGCACCUGGCGACCUUGGCUGCCGUUGGUGCUGUGCCGCAAAAUGCGGCGGAAACUGUUACGUUCCCGUACUACUCUAACCAUGCGCCGUUCAACGUGCGCGUGUCUGCUGAUGAGAUCAAGGGCGGCUUCUACUCCAAGCUGCUCGCGCUGGAGGGCGCUCGGAACACGUAUUGGGCUGGCGCAGCGUUUACUGGGCACAACAGUGCGCUGGUGUGGUCUUUCAACGAGGGCACUGUCUUGCCUGGGUUGAAGAAGGAGCUUGGUCUUUGA